AUGUCAAGUUUUUGAGAUGUACAUACAGGGUGAAAGAGUUGCUUCUGGAAUCGUUACAGAUGAUACUAAAGUUGUUUUUCGAUCUGCUAGUAGUAUGGUGUACCUGUUUAUUCAAAUGAGUUGUGAAAUGUGGGAUUUUGACAUCAAUGGAGACCUAUAUUUUGAAAAGGCCAUUGAUGGUUUUUUACCUGAUCUAUUUUCUAAGUGGAAGAAAUUGAACUGCAACCAUGAUGUUACAAUAGUUUUGUUUUCAAGAACAUUUUAUGAAGCUCAGAGCAUAGAUGAAUUCCCUCAGUACAUGCGUGAAUGCUUGCAACAAGAUUAUAAAGGAAGAUUUUUUGAAGAUUUUUACAGAGUAGCAGUUCAAAAUGAGAGAUAUGAUGAUUGGAGCUCAACAAUUAUUUUGUUGAAAAAAUUGUUUAAUCAGUAUCAAGAUACUGUCCUGAAGUAUCAUGAAAAAGCAGGUUCAGAAGUUCCAAAAGCUGUUAACUCCACAUCUUCCCAAGGCAAUUUUUUAGAAGUUCUGAAUAUGUCUCUUAACGUUUUUGAAAAACAUUACAUGGAUCGAAGUUUUGAUAGAACUGGUCAGUUGUCUGUUGUGAUUACACCUGGUGUUGGAUUCUUUGAAGUGGACAGAGAAUUGACCGUGAUUACCAAACAGAGAAUAAUUGACAAUGGAAUUGGAAGUGAUCUGGUGUGUUUAGGUGAACAGCCAUUACAUGCAGUGCCAUUGUUUAAAUUUUACAACAAACAAUUACCAAGAAAUGCACCAUCUGUGGCUGAUGAUUACAAUAUGCCUCACUGGAUUAAUUUAAGUUUUUAUUCCACUCGAAACCCAAAUAUAUAUAAUGAUUUUGUUCCAAGAAUAAAGCUUCCAACUUUGCUUCCUGAAGAAGUAAAAGAAAAAGAGAGGGGGUUUUCUCAUUCAAAACGCUCUCGACAUGCAAGCCAGCCAGAUCCAUCGUUUCCAGUUCUGUUUGAUUAUGAUGAGUAUGAUCGCCAAGUUUUUAAAGUUCCAUCCCAUUCAUAUUCUAUGAGGCAAACUUUAAGUUUACAAAGACCUAGAAAGAGGAAAGAGACUCCACCGUAUCCAUCUGGACUUUCUACGUUCUAUCCACAUCGAAGUACAGAAGAAAUAAGUCGUUUAACUGCUUCUGAACCUGCUCCAAUGCAUUUUUCAUAUUCCCAUUCUCAUGCAUGUUCUGCUGCUAUUGCUAUACCGCAAUGUGGGUUGAAUUCUAACACCAUAGCUUCAUCUUAUCAAAGCUCUGCUG